UUACUUCCGGUUUCGAGAGGGCAACGCGUUGCAGGCAGUGGAAGAACAGCUUGGUAUACUCAUAGUGGAGCUCCUGACUCAGAACUAUCUCAGGAAUGUCUGAAGAAGAACCUGUUAAUAAAAGACAUAAAGGGGAUGGAGACUCUGCCCUGGCAGGUGCAGUAGAAGGGAUGCUGAGGGGGCCCGUGAUAAGGAUGGACAGAGAGAGGAGACAGGAGGCCCCCAGGGUCGGCCCCGACUGUGUCCCCACCGGUGACGGGAACUCUGCUCUAGCUGCAGCUGUGGAGGGGAUGCUGAGGGGGCCGACUGUGCAGCUGGAGGAACAGAGGAGGGUGGAGGCACCUGUGGUGGGGCCCGGGGGGAUCCCACCUAAGGAGGUGUGUUGGGGGCCAGGACAUGCAGAAAAGGUUGUGACUGACUCGUCCCAAGAGGGCCAAGAUGAACCGGAUGCACCAAUCUACAGUAUAGCAGUGAGAAGAGCCCCGCCCCAGGCAGAACUUGUGCAGGAUCUCCCCAGUUAUAAAAUGAACCAUCCCCAGAGGGGGCUGUGCCUGGUGUUUGAUAAUGAAGAGUUCCACUGGACGACCAAGAUGAACCGGCGCCGUGGCUCCCACGUGGACGCUGGGAAUCUGAAGGCCCUGUUCGAGGGUCUGGGCUUCUCUGUGGAGGUUCUGAAGGACAAGGAGAUCACUGAAAUCAGACAGAUCCUCCACUCAGCCGCCCUGAAGUACGACCACAGCCAGUCGGACUGUUUUGUGUGUGUGUUUCUGAGUCACGGGGAGGAUGGCAUGAUCUACGGGUACAACGGCACAGUGCCGAUCAAGGAGCUGACGGACAUGUUCCGAGCUGACAGGUGCACAUCACUCAAGGGGAAACCUAAACUCUUCUUCAUUCAGGCAUGUCGGGGAGCCAAGCAUGAGAUUCCUGUAGAGCCGUUAGAUGAGCCGGAUGGUCUGGAGGGAAGCGGGGAGGCGGAACCCAUGGACGUGGUGGACGCUGGUGUGAGACCCACCCUGCCGGCGGGAGCUGACUUCCUCAUGGCCUACUCAGUGUCUGAAGGGUUUUACUCCCACCGCGACACCGUGAACGGUUCCUGGUAUGUCCAGGACCUGUGUGCAGCGCUGAAGCAGCACGGGACCAACAUGGAGGUCCACCAGAUCCUGGCACUGGUCAACCGCAUGGUGUCGUGCCGAGAGGUGGAGCGCACCACGGACCAGAGGUCACUCGGCAUGAAACAGAUGCCCUGCUUCCUGUCGAUGCUCACUAAAAGACUGGUUUUCACUCCCAAAAACUGAACAGAUCAGCAACACUGAAGAUACUAACUCCUUUGUUAAGGAACAUUAUUUUCUGUACCUUUAUAUAUCUGCAGAGUAUCUGUGUGAGUGCAGGAUUGACCACUAACUACCGAACAUGAGGUUGUGAGGAAAGUUGGCACCAAAUUAUUUGAAAGUGUCAGUGAGAGCAGACAAUUUGUACUUAAGAUUCUUUUACACAUACAAGUUAUUACAUCACAUGAAUUUGCACUAAGGAAACGAUUAACAAGAAUAUAUGGAGGAUGACUGAAAACAAAUUUUUAAGAAAAUGAAGUUUACAGAGCAAGAUACAAGAUACAAAUAAAUUGUGCACUUAAAAAUGUCACACAAAAUCCAGUUUACUUCUGUGUGAUUAAACAUUCCAGAACUGUUGUCAAACUGCUCCAAAGAGCGCGGAUAAGAACUAUCAAUGUCACGGGAUGUCGUGCCUCAAUGAAUUUUGCUAGAUUAGCAGUCACAUUUCUAUAUUUGUGUGGGACUCUAAAAACCUUUAGUCUUAUAGACUAUUGCAUUUAGAAAGGUUGGGAAGCCCAGAGAAUAUUUCAAGAUGGUGGGAGUCAACAUGAUGAUUGAAAUGUCAUCACUGUUCCCCCUAGAAUUUAGAAAAUGGAAGAAUUCCAAUGAAGAGCUGUUCUGAAGUUUUCUGUAUUGUUAGAAGAGAAGAUGAAAUUUGGUUUGUCGUGAUGUAAACUGAUAUGUUAUGUCAAAAUCUGAUCUUAAUACCAAGUUAUAACUGGCCUUGACUUAAGGGCAUACUAAGGAUUGAAUAAUGAAAUGCAUGAUGUAUUACCACUGAAGCCAAGUUAUGAUGUCAAAGGUUAGAUAAAACUUCUCAUUUCAACAUAUUGAAAUUGAAUACGCUGUAAAAACCACUUAAGAGAUCAAAAAUGUACUAUUUAAAAACUGUAUUUUGAGUGAACCAAAAGCUUCUUGAUGACAUUAUUUCUGGCUAGUGAGCCGUACAAUAUAUUAUUCAUAGUCUUUUAGAUCGUCUAUAUAAGAACAGCAAAAGGAGCUGCUUAGCACUACUACACUAUACUCUAUGCACUACUGUAUGUAGAUUUUUUAGUCUUCAAAGAAUGGAGAAGGGUUUCAAUAUAUAACAUUCCAAUAAAUCCAUUUAUCCCCAAUA